CAGCAGCAUCCGUGCGCGGCGACCCCACCAUCCACAGGCGAGAGGAAGGCGAGAGGAAGCAGAGAAGAAGCAGAGAGGAAGCGGAGAGCAAAGCCACAGCAGCCAUGGUGAAGCUGGGCAGCAAUCUGUCUGAGAAGCUGGAGAAGCAGCCGUCUGCGGACGACGGCUUUGAUAACAUUCCGCUCAUCACGCCCCUGGAGGUCCACCAGCUACAGAAGCCGUUCGCGGACAAGAUCAUUGUGAAGACGACGACACAAUACCAGCUGCAGCAGAAGAAGAAAAACAAGCUGUACCUGCCGAACAUUAAGAAACUGAACAUUAACUUCUACAGUGAUGUUUCAGAGAAAAUUAAGAUCACAGGUCUGAUCCUCAUCACUCUGGCUUUCUUGACCAGCCUGCUCCUCCUGCUCAUGUACAAAGCAAUGUGGUACGACCAACUUACCUGCCCAGAGGGUUUUAUCCUGAAGCAGAAGCACUGCUCCCCGACAGCUCUGGAGAUGUACUUCCCAGAGCAGCAGCAGCAGCAGCAGCAGCAGGACGAGCCCGGCGUCACCAGUGGCACCAGCCGCUGUACGCUGUACGCUGCUCUCAGUCAACUCAAGAGGCCUGGACCCGAGCUGCCAUCACCCUGGUUACCAGUCAUCAGCUCUCUAAAGGAGGCCGAGGUGGCGAAGCAAGGCAGCGAGCCGCUGAAAAGAGGACAGGAGGGAGAGGAGUGAAGGGUCUGAUGGAGAUGUAGGUGUGAGAGGAGGACGUGGUGAGGAUGGGCAGUGCCGUGUGUGUGUGUGUGUGUGUGUGUGUGUGUGUGUGUGUGUGUGUGUGUGUGUGUGUGUGUGUGUGUGUGUGUGUGUGUGUGUGUGUGUGUGUGUGUGUGUGUGUGUGUGUGUGUGUGUGUGUGGUGCUCCUACACCUUAAAAGUGUUUGAAUAUCUGUCAGAAUUUUUAAUCAACAACAUAAAGCACACAUUUACUUAGCUUCAUUCCAGAUAUGUUAUGUUGAUAUUUAAUAGCUAAUAUCGGUUUAAUAGCUAGUAGAUGAUAUUUAAAAGGUAAUACCUGACGCGUGUGCGUGUGCGCGAGUGCGUGUGUGUGUGUAACUGUGUGUGUCUGUGUGUAUGUGUGUGUUGUGAGUUGCUGUGGUUAGAGGCAUGUAUGUUAUUAAAGUGUUGGAGAAUGUGGCUGACUUUUGCAGUGUUACUGAGUCAUGUGUAAACGCCUCCAUCUGCAUUCUGUGCGUGUGUGUGCACAUAUACACACUGUAAAUGCACAUUUACAUUCACAUGCAGUGUGCGAGUGUGUGCACAUACACUGAAUGAUUUGUGUGCUUGUUGGAGAAAGUUGGAAGUGCGAGAAGAGAAGCGAGGCGAGAGCUCCGAGCGAGAAGUGAAGAUAACAAGUUUUUAAUGAGAUCGCGCGGAGUUUGUCCUCAUCGCUCCAUCUUGUUAUCUCACUGUCUGUUCAUUCAGUCUUGGAGGGGAGUGUAUAUGAGAUCAGCAGGGAAUGUGCACAAACCUCAGCCAUUAAAACAAGGAGCCAUAACCGUCGAUUUUAAUAUUUGCUGAAAUGAUUUGAUCCUACAUCUUAUCAGCCCACGACUGCAAAUUACAGUCCUGUGAAAUGAAAGUCAAGUGAAAGUACUGCUCUUACAUACCGAGCGACUCGAGUUACACAACCACAAGUGGUCUGUGUGCUUUAAAGCAGACUCGCACAGUGACUCUGGAAAGUAUCCACUAGUAAAUCUAAUCAAUUUUUAAUUAAAUCUCCUAAAUGAUAAAGUGUGCAGUAAUUAAAGAGGCCUGCAUAUACUUUCCAAAGCCACUGUACAAGACUCCAUUUGAAGCUUCUUUUACAUAAUGUGUGUGCUGCCUACUGUAAUUAUGGAUACAACUUGAGACAUUAAUGUAUUGUCAUAAAAAUAUCUAAAUAAUAUUAAUGUGUGAACUUAUGUGUAAAACUAGAAAAUGACGCUUAGUUACUAGUUUUAUUAAGUAUGUGUAAAUUAAAUGAUCACAGGGUUACUAUGGUCCUUAUAUGAAUGUAUGAAGUAGCUUCUUUAAUCAUGCAGGAUCUACUAUAGUCAUUGCUUAUAAUGGACGACCUACAGUCUGUACAAUGUUCUAUUUAUUUCUAUUCAUGUGUUUUGUUUUUAGUGUCUUUUCAAUGGAAAACCUGUGUUUGCAAAUGUUGUAAAGUAUUCUGUUCAAGCCUAUCAUGUGAAAUUCUUCUUUUAAACAACUUUUAAACAAUUUUUUUUACUUAUCAGAUAUAACAUGAUGUUACCUGGCAAGUCUCGAUUCACGCCUUUUGACCUUUUCUCUUUGUCUUACCAUGUUUUAACAAACCAAACUCUUCAUGUGAGAAGAGAUGAAUGUGCAGCACAGCCUGUCCCCCUGGGUCCAAGUGCCAAACGCUUACAUCAGACCCAUCUGCUCUGAUGUCACCGACUGAACACAAAUAAAAGCCUGAAGUGUU